UUCGGUUUAAGUGAAAUCCGUAUCCGUGAGGAUGACAUCAGCAAACUCGCCGGGAACAUUCUCUACCUCACCGAGGACCCUGAAAAAGCAGAGAAUGCCAUUGAAAUAGGGCAUGCAGCUGCCAUUAUUUUCCCCAAUGACCAGGAAGUGCAAUGGAGCGAUGAAAGACAGCUUCGUGUGGCCUUCGACGGGGAUGGCGUUCUGUUCUCUGAUGAGUCUGAGGUUGUUUUUAAGAAGAAAGGGCUGGAAGCCUACACAGAAAAUGAGGAUGAUUCUGAGGACAUCCCUCUUGCAGAGGGCCCCCUGAGGUGCUUUCUGGCGGCUCUUGGUAACAUGGAGAAAAAAUUCCAUGCCAAGGGUCUGUACAAACCUUGCCCCGUGCAGACCUACCUGGUGACAUCACGCGACCCGGUCAUUUCGGGGACCAGGGCCCUGAAGACCCUGAAGAGCUGGGGCCUGGAGCUCACUCAGGCCUUCUUCUUAUGCGGGAGGCCCAAGGGCCCGCUCUUGCAGACGAUCCGCCCGCACAUCUUCUUCGACGACCAGAAGCCGCACAUCGACGGAGCACGUGAACUGGGGAUCUUCUCCGCCCACGUGCCUUAUGGGAUAGGAUACGAGACCUACAAGUGUGCCGCCCAAGAAGCCAAAGCAGAAGUGAUAAACUAUGGGGAUAAAUAAAAUUCUAACUUUAAAAUUAAAAUGCACAACAAAGUCAGCAUUAGCUGAAGCUGGGCUGUCUUGGGAGGAUGGGCCUAUUUCUAUGUCUUUUCUCUUUCAUAGUACUUCCAUGAAAAAUAGAAGACAGAAACUGACACUAUUUUUUAUUUUUUAUUUUUAUUUUUUUACCAGAAACAUUCACAUUCACAAAAGUAUCAUAUGUAAAUACAUAGAAUUGACUUAUUUAUUCACAUGACAUACAUAAUGCAUAGCUUAAAGUGCUGGACACAGGGAAUGUUUCUUGGAGAAAAAAUCAUUUAUUUAUUUUAUAAAUGAAGAAGUUCAAAAACAUAAGCUUGUUUUUUUCUGUUUUAUGUUGUUGAAGUUAAUCUUUUUCUUCAGAAUGGAGUGUUAACACUCCUGCAUUCACUCUUGCACAAUGCAACACAGACAAAAUAUUUUUAGAAUCUUUAAAAAAUGUUAGUGCUCUUAUUCACUCAGCACAUUGAAAUUGAUCACACCCCUUUUGAACUUUUCCCUUUCAAGAUAAUUUACAUAGGGCCAUUACCAGAUGUAAAUUAUCCAAAACUUAGUAAUCUAAAAAGAUUUAUGGGUAAAAACCUGGCAAAUCACAAAGUCUUGCUAAAUGUAAAAUUGUAUAUGUAGAAUAUAAAAAUGUUGCACGUAAGAGCUGGGAGUAGUAGUUGAUCAAAGGCUACCAGAAUCAAGGCAUUGAAAUGUAUCCAUAAAAAGCUAACAUUGUGUUGGUGAUAUAUAACAAAAAUUUUAUAAAUCAAAGGAUGCCAUAUUGAUGUUAUACAAGGCUUUUGUCAGCCCAGACUUUCAAUAUUACUGUAUGUGCAGUUCUGGGCACCAAGCUGAAAAAAUAGAUAUAUAUUUUUUCUUUCCGUUGUUCUGCCAGCAACUCAAGGGGCAUAGGUGGUAAUUUGCAAUGCCAUUGUUGGAUACCCUCCGAUAUCUUGAAAAUAAACAGGCAAACCUUCUUAUUGCCCAAAGCGGCAAACAAUUCCACAGUUUAAAAGUUUGUAUCUUUCUCUGAUCUUUCAGUCUAAAUAUAAAUUUUAUUUGUUUUAUAUUAUUUUAAAAACCAUGGAG